AUGAUCAUUGCGGAUACACUUUCUCGAGCUUACCUUACCGAUGAUGAUGUGGACAGUAGCAAGAUGAACGAAGAGUUAGAAUGUUACGUGCACACGGUAACCAGCAGAAUGCCAGUAUCCGAAGAACGACUGGAACAGAUCAAGAAAGAAACAGCGAUUGACCAGACCAUGAAGACCCUGUUCUCAACAAUCCGAAGGGGAUGGCCAGAGACAAGAAAACAAACACCUUGCGAAAUCCAGGACUACUGGAAUUAUCGUGACGAGCUUUCAGAAGUAGAUGGAAUCUUGUUGAAGCAAGACAAGAUUAUCAUACCCCUCAGUAUGAGAGGAAAGAUGCUAGAAAGAAUACACGAGAGUCACAUGGGCAUAGAGAAAUCCAAACGACGAGCAAGGGACAUUAUGUUUUGGCCAAGAAUGAAUGAGCAAAUUGAAGCUAUUGUAUCCAAAUGCCAAACCUGCCAAGAAUACCAGAUGUCGAAUCCCAAAGAACCCAUGGUGCAAGGAACAAUACCAUCGAGACCCUGGGAAAUGGUCGCAACUGAUUUGUUUCAGUGGGAACAGAACAACUAUCUGGUUGUGGCAGAUUAUUAUUCGCGUUAUAUUGAAGUAGUCAAGUUGGAAAACACCACCAGCAGAACUGUUGUGAAUCAUAUGAAGUCCAUAUUUGCAAGACAUGGAAUUCCAUCAGUCGUAAGAAGUGACAAUGGUCCUCAGUACACUGCCAGGGAGUACAAGCAGUUCGCACAAAAGUGGAAUUUCGAGCACCAGACUUCAAGUCCAUAUUAUCCGAAAUCAAACGGUUUGGCUGAGAAAGCAGUUCAAAUUGUGAAACGUUUGCUAUCGAAAGCAAAACAAGAUGGAAAAGAUCCGUACCUAAGUUUGUUGGAGUAUCGCAACACACCCAUUGGUAACGUAGCUUCACCAGCACAAAUAUUGAUGAGCCGACGUUUGCGUUCGCACUUACCAACUACCCCAAAUCAACUUCAGCCAAAAGUUGUUGAUCCUGAGAGAAUGAAAGAAAA